UGUAAACAUGUACAGUAACAUCCGAAGGCUAUAUUGACAUGGAGCUACUCCUGUAUUUCUAAAGUGCAUGUUUACAGUGUCAGAUCGUUAAUGUACAGGAAAUAAGAUAAUCAAUUAGAGUCCCAGGUAAUUGCGAGGUCCGAUUUGCAUGGGUACGAGUUUUAGACUGUAUUCGGCAACAGCUAUGAAAUUUUGAAGAGAACUCAGCCAAGCUACAACAAAAAUGAAUGAAAAGCUGAUAACUGGACGAGCAAGUCCAAGACACCAAUAUGGAACAUUGAUGUGGAAGGCAAUAAAUGCAAUUAUGUCCUUGUUCUUUUUUUUAUGUUCAAUAGUGCAAUUCAAUGACCCUGAUCCAUAUUUGUGGGUACCAUAUUAUGCUAUUCCCGCCUGUCUCUGUGCGUGCAUUGUGUGGAUGCCAGAUGUUGUAGAGAAUUCAUUGUGGAAAAUAGCUGCGCUGUUUCACCUGGGCAUCUCGUGUUUUAGUCUUCUGGUUCUUAUCUUACAAAUAGUGCACUAUUUUCAAGAAGAAAUUAUUAAUCCUCUUCGAUUCGAAGAAGGACGAGAGAUCUUGGGAGUUACGAUAACAAUUGGCUGGAUCCUGAUUUGCAGAUGUUGCAAUCCAAAAAGAAGUGAUGGAGGCCAACAGGUAGGCGUGAUGAUGUCACUGGUGAUUGUUAGUGGUCUUCUUCCAUUUGUUGUCUGGGCAACGUGUUGUCUUACUUCAUUUCAUCACUGUGGAGACAUGUGGUAAAUUGUGGCACUUAUGAUUGUAAUUCAGGCAUUUAUGAUUCAUCGCAGCCAAUCAAACCACUGUAAUUCAGGCAUUUAUGAUUCAUCGCAGCCAAUCAUAACCCCGGUAAUUCUGGCAUUUAUGAUUUAUUGCAGCCAAUCUCAACCACGGUAAUCAGGCAUAAUUCAUUGCAGCCAAUCACAAGUACUGUAAUUCAGGCAUUUAUGAAUCAUCGUAGCCAAUCACAACCACUGUAAUCAGGCAUAAUUCAUCGCAGCCAAUCACAAGUACUGUAAUUCAGGCAUUAACGAUUCGUCGCAGCCAAUCAUAACUAUGACUGUAAUUCAGGCAUUUUUAAUUCAUGGCAGCCAAUCAUACCAACUGUAAUCAGGCAUUUAUGAUUCAUCGCAGCCAAUCACAACCACUGUAAUUCAGGCAUUUGUGAUUCAUCGCAGCCAAUCAUAACCACUGUAAUUCAGGCACUUAUGAUUUAUUGCAGCCAAUCACAACCACUGUAAUCAGGCAUUUAUGAUUUAUUGCAGCCAAUCACAACCACUGUAAUCAGGCAUUUAUGAUUUAUUGCAGCCAAUCACAACCACUGUAAUCAGGAAUUUAUGAUUCAUCGCAGCCAAUCACAACUACAGUAAUUCAGGCAUUUAUGAUUCAUCGCAGCCAAUCACAACCACUAAAAUCAGGCAUUUAAGAAUCAUCGUGGCCAAUCACAACCACUUUAAUCAAGCAUUUGUGAUUCAUUGCAGCCAACUACAAUCACUAAAUCAGGCAUUUAAGAAUCAUCGUAGCCAAUCACAACCACUGUAAUCAAGCAUUUGUGAUUCAUCGUAGCCAAUGACAACCACUAAAUCAGGCAUUUAUGAUUCAUUGUAGCCAAUCACAACUACUGUAAUUCAUUGUAAUAUUUCAUCAGUCAGCAUUGCAUUAAUAUGUUCAUUCUUUCAUUCAAAAAUCACACUUGCAAUCUAACUCUAAAUUGUGAGGCACAAAAUGCAUACUGUAUAUAAAUCAUGAUAUAAUGGAGAUAAACUUUAAACUGUCUUGCAGUAAUGCUAAUAUAUAAAGAAGAAUGUGCAAGUGUGAAAAAAUGGGUCCCCCAACUGGGAUUUGAACCUAGGACCUGCUGUCUAUGCAGAUGCCUUAACCAACUGCGCCAUUGAGCCUUUUUUGAGAAUUCAAAUCUGAUUAAAUUCAUACACAUAGUUAGACAGCACUAGCUCUUGAUGCAUGGCAAAUAACAGAUCAAUAUGACACACCUUAUUUUUUAUAAGUAUCUGAUGACAAGGCAGGAUCUUCAAAGGGAUAUCUUUAUAUGUGGCAAAGACAAGCCAAACCAGUCACUCGUCGCAAAAAUCGAUAUUGUGUUAUUAAUACAGUGUUAGAGAGUAAAAUAAUAGCUCUAAAAUGGUAAAAAAUAAUUCAAAUCGGACA